UUUGUGUUGAUGAAUGAUGGGGAGAGCAGCCAAUAGCUUACAAAAUUAAAUUUUUUUUCUUUGUUUUCUCUUUUCUUCGUUCUGUCCCUGUUCCCCCAGCUUCAUCCAUUUCAGUGUGUUAGCUUGAAGUGUCGUGUAGCCUGUGGUGCUGUUUUAGGCUGGCAUUGCAGGGGUGCUGCAUUUCCACGAGCACUCUCAGAAGCUAGCAUUGCUUCUGGCCUCCCAUCCUUGUUCUCCUGCCACCUCCUGCACCCACACUGGCAUUUUAUGAGCUCUGGGGAGAUAGAUUGGAAGGCUUAAAACUGUUUUCUUCUUGGCACGUGGUACAAGAUCACAGGAUUGAUCUGAAGAUUUGCUGUAUGAUUGUUUGCUCCACUGAGUAGGAUGUUUAAUGGUUGUAGAUUUUAGGAGGGUACAGGGAAGGGGAUCAGGACUACAUAUGGUGGCAGUACUGUCUGCACCUGGAACUUCAGUGUGACUUAUGUCUCCCUUGUAAAGUUAAUGCCUCCUGAGGGUCAAAAGAAUUUGUGGACCUAGAUCUAGAGAUGUUAAAUCUAGAACAAAGCUGGAACACUAAUGCACAUCUUAUCUGUGAGGAUUUCCCUGCAUACAUGAAUUAGAUUGUUUAAUAUAUCACAGCUUCUGUUUUAUGAGAGUUAAAAUCUAUAGACUAUGAAUGUCAAUGCUGUAGCAUUUUGAAGGUAAGAGUGGAAUCUGUGGGUGUAGAAAUGCUUUGGAAAUGGCAGUAGUCUCUUGAUGAAUGACCAUAUUUUUUCCCCUUACUAAAGCUGUAAACACCAAGACAAAAUUAUAUAUUCUACCAAAGCAGCACUGCUCUGUUGUCAUGAGUGGGUGAUAACUGUCAGCUGACACAAUGUGACUUGCUUUGUCUGAAACACUGUAGAGAAAGUUACUAGUCUAUGCUGCCCACAUACUUUAAUCUUCCAAGUGUUUUGUAGUAUUGCCUAACCAUAGUUAUGUAGCCUGUGAUGUAAAUUAAAUGAAAUACUGAUGUAGCAGAUUUCUGGACUGGUAACAGAUGCCUCCUACAUUAGGAAACAUGACUGCUUUUAGGAUAAACAUGGGGAAGGUGGCUGUGUGGCCUUGAGUGGAUUGCUUGGUCUGUUUAUUUGUAGGGUUAGGGGAAAAAGUCAGACACACCUACACUUUAGAUUUAUUAUGUCAAUGUCACUCCCACAGCAGUAGUGAUUAUACUGUGCCAUAUGGUGUUCGGUAGUCUGUCAAGAAGAACCAAAAGACUCCUGAUGAGGAUAAGCAAAGAGAGUAAGUCAAAUCUGCUCUUAAUAUAGGCAAGUGUUUCAGAAGGUAACAUCUGUCUGGGAAGCCAUGUGCUGUUAUAGGACAGCUCCUUGGAACAGGGAACCAGUACUGGUAGUACUAGGCACCCUGUCACUUCAGAGCAUUAAAAAAAAAAAAAAAGGCAUAUUAAAAAAAAAUUUUUCUUUUUCAUUCUGUGAAAAUACUGUGAUUGGAAUCGGCUGGGGCAUCUUGCUAGUUGUAUGGGAAAGUAGGGGCAAAUGUCUUACAUGCUGGUGGUCAAAACGAUGAGGUACCUAGGGAAUGGUGCUUAUCAGUAAGGGUACUUUUGAUGCUCUUAUUCCUGUGAAUAGUUUCACUGAAGUUGGGACUUGAACAGUUGGAUGUAAGUCCCAAUGCCAGGGAGGGCAACCUAACAAAAAGUAAGACUUCAGACUUGUAUUUUAGGUCCUGAAAUGGUAUGCUUGCCUUUUUGCCCCAGAUUAUAUUGUAAGCCUUUUUGUCUAGUAGAACCCCAUUUUUAUGGAACUUAAUGAUGUGCUAGCUAAAUGCCACUUGCUGCCUCCUGUUGUAGUAGUAGUAGCAGCAGCAAAAGCAAUGGUUUUUAUUAGUAGCAUGUGCAUUUUACAGUUGCUGCUCCUGUCUUUUUCCAGGAUCCUGAUUUUCAUGGGGAGGGAGGCAGAACAGUGACGGAGGCCUCAGUGUGCCUGCAUCUGGAGAACAUGUUUGCACUGGCAGCUAGUGUAUUGCUGUAAUACAGGCUUACACUGGUGCAAAUGGAGUCUUGGACUCUGCUCGGAUUAGUGGGGUUCUUCUGUUGUCUCCUAAUAUUCCCUCUUUUCCCUCUCUUCCCCUGACCCAUCAGACUUACUGACUUGGACAAGUGUAUGAGUAUUGAUUGUUGAAAUAUAAAUUGCCUUUUGGAGCUAGAGACUGAAAUGAAGAAGUUGGGAAAACCAAGUGUUCAUUCCUUCUCUUUUAUUCUCUCAGCUGCAGGCUUAGAAAAGCAUGUCAGAAGAGUGGUGUUUUAAACAAUUUUCUUUACUAUGUCUCGUAAUAGUAAGAUUCCUAAGUGUUGUCUGUGAAACUGAGUGGGUUGAAAAGGUCUGUAACUAAAGCUGAACCAGGGCAUGAGGAAACAAAACUGUACUUCUUAGGAAUGUAUAUUGCAAAACUCAGCUUAUGUAUAUGAGUGGGUCACAUACAUCUAGGAAAGUCCUUUCCAGUCACUGCCUGUACUGCCAUAAAGUACAAUUUUCUUUGUUUUAACAAAGGUUAAGUGCUUUUUGCUAUAACUGAACUGUGAGCAUUAGAACCUAGUUAAAAGGUGAGGUUUUGGAAGGCAAAAAACCUUGUUUUCAGUGUUUGUUUAAAACUGUAUGGAAAUCAACACCUGAACUGUGGAAAUAUCAAGCUCAGGUGUUAAUGGUGAAUGUUUAUGCUCUCUUGCCUCACAAAUUUUGCAAGUAUUGUUUCUGUAAGAAUGUGCAGUAUAUCCUUUAAUCUUUCUCCAGACUCUGCCAUUUCUCUGAAACGAGCUAAGUAGUUCAUUCUGUGUGUUCAGUCCCUUUACUGGGGCUAUUGAGGAAAAAAAGUUUUAGUUCUGACUUAACUCAGUUUUACUCUGUCUCAUGGAAUUUUUUACUCCAUCUCAUAUGGAAUCAGGAGGAUUAAUUCCUUCUUUUACUGAUUUUUUUUCUAUUGCUACUGUGUCUGUCCAGAUGCGGUAAUCUAGAGUUGCCUGUGGGUAAUGUAUCUUAAGAAACCUGCAUAGGCGGCAUAUGCAUGAAGGCUACUUAGGUGAUGUCUGGCUUUAUUAUAUACAAAUUAACCUACUUCAUGUCAAGUCGAUCAGUAUGUGUAGGAUCUGAAAAUACCUUUUAUGCGCAUGCAGGCCAUCUUAGCUUGAAAAAAUCAGAAAUUAUUCUCUGUUCACAAGUCUUGCAGUCUUACUUCAGUAUGCCAAGUCACAUGAUUUUGCAAUUGUUUUUUCCAUAACUGCUUAAAGCUAUGGAGUAUUCUACCAAAAUGUACCCUCAUUAGAUUUUUCUACAUGGUUUCUGCAUGUCUGAAAACUAUUUCCAUUUGGUUGUGCAGCAAAGAAACUUCCUGGCUGGGCUUGAAGAAGGACAGGGGAUGUGUCUGGACCAAGGAGGGAUUCUCAGUCUGCUUCCGGAUGGAAGCCAAGCCUGGCAUGGGGAGAGACCUAUGGAAGAAAAAUAAAAGUCUGUUUGGGAUCUCUGUCCAUAGUCUUGUGGGCUGGAGAUGCCCAUUGUUUGUCCUUGAUCUGUUUGUGUGUGUGUAGUUUUACCUUCAGGGGAAAAAAAAUUUAAGGCAAGGCAUAAAAUAUUUGUGUUGAGAUUUCAAAAAAAUAAGCUCCUCCAGUGAGACAAUGAUGGUAGUACUCCAUAACUGUCCUGGAAAAUAAUGGGUAUUUUACUUAAAAGCUAAAGCAAGCUGUUUAUUGUAUUGAAUGGGAUUCUCAGCUGACAAGUGUUUGAUUCUGUUCCUUCUUUCAGUGGGAAUGGUUUUUACAACCAGGUGCAGAUUGCCUUCUAAAAAAAAAAUAGUUUCCCUUCUCAUAGCUGUGGAUGUCGUGGAGAUCUUCAGUUCUCUGUUCCAUGGUGCUUGGUUUCAGACUUUGCUGGGUAGUCUUGGUUUUUGCGUGCUGUCUGUGAAUGUCCAGGUCAGCAUAGUCCUUGAAGUCUUUUCCUUAGUUAUGAGGUGUUCGAAAUUUCUCUGUGCUUGCAUCCCUGUUACAAGCCUUUCACUGACAUCUUAUGGGAGGAAAACAUUUGCCUCAAGCGAGCGGAGGGUUGAAACGUGGAACUGCUUCUUGUCUAUCAUAAGCAGCACUUGUGCAGUCAGCCCUCUAGAAUGUGAGGGCUAUGCAAGUGCUUUGUCUUUCCUGCUCCGGCUCUCGCUUUAACAGCUUGUCCUCUGUUUUUUUUCCUAUGCAUGGCAUUUCUGCAGAGGUGGUUUAGUUAUGAUACUCUGAAGAGCUGUAGUUCUCUGAAAUAUUUGAGCAACAGUUGCAGUUGAACCUUAUCUCUAGUGUAUGUAAGGAAGCAAGGAAACCGAACUCUGCAGAGCAGGUCAGCUGUUUAAUGGUGGGGCUUUUGUUCUUGAGAAUAAAACCUUUUACAGGGUAUUGAUUUGGUAAAGAAACACUGAAGCAUGGAGAAGACAGUACAACUGCCCAUUUUAUUUAGCAGUCUGUAGACACUGAGAUUUUCCUGGUAACCACUUCUAACAUCUUGCUAGCUGAGUUGGAUGUGCAAUCCACAGGGUAUGUGUUUAAACUUUUGUGUAAGUCCAAGCAGCCAUCUGUAUAAGUAAAAUGGUUUUGAAGGAGUGAGAAAGGGGAUGAGUGUCAGCUUGCUGAUGCAGAUCUUCCUAGGUUAACUGUAUAGCUAGUUUCCUUUUUGGGUGUCCCUCCCUGUUACCACAUAAGGGUGCUUAAAGAAGAUAGGAUUAUUAAGCAACAAAUACUUGAAGGGAGUUUAGGGUCAGCAGAAGUUUCUGAGCUGACUUUGAACAUGCCUCUGAAUGGCAUACGACGCUCUGCUAUAGAAGAUGCACUAUUACCGAUAUUCUAAUGCAGAAGUCAGCUGUUGGUACAAAUACCUGCUCUUCAGCUACAACAUUGUCUUCUGGCUAGCUGGGGUGGCCUUCCUUGCAGCUGGUCUAUGGGCAUGGAGUGAAAAGGGUGUAUUGUCUGAUCUGACGAAGGUGACUGGUCUUCAUGGUCUGGACCCAGUGGUGCUUGUCUUAGUGGUGGGAAUAGUGAUGUUUACUUUGGGAUUUGCUGGUUGUGUAGGAGCACUGAGAGAAAACAUCUGCCUUCUGAAGUUUUUCUGUGGAGCAAUUGUGUUUAUAUUCCUGCUGGAGAUGGCAGUGGCAGUUCUGGCUUUCCUGUUCCAGGACUGGGUGAGGGACAGGGUCAAGGAAUUCUUUGAGAAUAACAUUAAAUCCUACCGAGAUGAUAUUGACCUCCAGAACCUCAUUGAUUCGCUACAAAAAAUUAACCAUUGCUGUGGUGCCCAAGGUCCAGAUGACUGGGACUUUAACAUAUACUUUAACUGCAGCAGUGAAAGCAAAAGUCGUGAGAAGUGCGGCGUUCCUUUUUCCUGUUGUAUACCUGAUCCUGCCCAAAAAGUUGUGAAUACACAGUGUGGCUAUGAUGUCAGAAAGAAGAGCAAGAGUCAAUGGGAUGAUCAGAUUUUUGUCAAAGGAUGUAUUCUUGCUCUGGAAGCUUGGUUACCCCGAAAUAUCUACAUUGUUGCAGGUGUCUUCAUAGCUAUCUCACUCCUCCAGAUUUUUGGGAUUUUCCUAGCCAGGACAUUGAUUUCUGAUAUUGAAGCUGUAAAGGCAGGUAAUGCCUUCUGAAUAUAAAAGCAGACGUGUUGCAAAAAAGUAUGUUUUACAGUUAUUGGUUGGAUGUGAAGGUGGAAGAAAUGAGCAGACCAUGAAAUACUCCUGUUAUUAAAAGCCUUAUGUGGAUUUUACCCUGCUCGUGCUUUUUGUUAGAAGCUGGUACAAAAAAAAAAAACCAAACCCUCCGAACACACACCUGUCUACCUUUUUUCUAACAAGACAACUUGGUGCACCAGCAUUGAUCUCUGAGGAAGAAAUGGGAUUUCUCAAGACGGCAGAACAGAUUUUAAAGAUCAUAGCAAGGAGACAUGAAACUGCUGUAAACUUUCCUUGAAGGAUUACUGUGAAGACCGUUCUGUUUUCACUCCCAACUGUCACCAGUCUCAAAAUGUAAUCUUUUCAGAAGGUGUGCUGAUUGCUUCAGAAUCUUGAAGUGGUUUUAAUCUCUACAGUAGACUUGUGCAGUCGUUUUUUGGCAAAAUACCCAGCAACCGUAAUCAUCAUGGUAUUGGAAAUUGGAAAAAAAAGUAACAAAUUGUCUAGUUCUUUAAUUGAUUUUCAGUUGUGCAGAAGUAGGGAUAUUUGUUUGACUGGGAAUAAUAUAGAUGUCUCGGGAGCAGGAACUUGUGCUCAGCAUCAGAGCUUGAGUAACCCAUGUUGUUUUCAAAAUGCAAGCCUUUUGUCAAGAGGGGAAAAAUCUGACUAUCUGUAGCAUUAUAUGUUAGAAAUCUCCAUUUCAGGCAAGGGGGUGUGAAUCCCUGAUGCUGUUUCCUGUCUGAAAAAAAUGUAAAUAUUCUUUAUUUAUAGAAGAAAAAACUCUUUAAAAAUGCUUAGCUUUUUAUUAUCAGUAAUAUCUUUAAAAAGUGCUGUCUGCAGAAAUUUCAAAAUACACCUUGUUUAAGUAGGUAGCAAGCAUACUAUGCUAGCUGUUGAUGGUUUUUGCCUUUCCUCCAGUUUCUCUCACAGCUGCUAUAUUGAACUUCACAAGUCCUAACUGCUAAUAUCAGGACUGAUGAAAAACAUUUAAAUUGAGUAUUGAUACCUACUGAAAUCUGUUUUUUUAAUGAGGAAAUACACAUUUAGUGAAAGAUUCGAGUUGUUGAAUUUUUAAAUCUUCAGUAAAGCUGUUGAAUCAUCAGUUCUGCUUGUAUUCUGAUACAUGGUUCAAAUGCCAGCCACAAUAUGGUGAACCAGAAUGAUUUCUUCACAGCAAUUUUCUGCAUCAAAUGGAACUACUCCUGCUGAAUUAAUUUUUUUUUUAUUUUUAUCAGAAGAAAACUAAACUCUCUUCUUCCUGUCCUCCCCUCCUGGGGGUUCAGUAAAUGGAUCUGUAGUUCAGUAAGAGUUCCAGUCUUCUCUAAAAGACUUUGGCGUAGUAUUUUUAGCUUUAAGAUAGAAGUAUGUGACUGAACUUCUUGGAAGUAGCUGUAGCUGUCAGUUUUACUGUGGGCCAUAUAACUAACAUUGUUUACUGCUUCCAGUGACACCAGUUUUUUCAGGGAGAGCAGGUUUAUUUACAGUGCCUAACAUAGUGUAAAUUUUAGAAAAGUAUAUAUUUUUAUAAUGAUAUUUUACUACAUGUAGUCUGCCUGAAGGAUUUAAUACUUGUAUUUCCAAAGUAUAUGGCUUUCUUAGGAAGCCAAACUUUUAAAUCUCUCUAAUGUCCUUUUUUCUAUUAUGCAUGUAUUAACGAACAUUUCACUGGCAAAAGCUGAUCAACAGUAAGAAUCUUUGUGUCUCUAUUGAUUGUCCAGACAUCCUUCUAGCUUUUUAAUCUGUGAAGCACUUCACAGACAAUGAUGUACUUCUCAUGUGUACUUCAGUUCAGCUUUCAUAGUUCUUUUUCUGGCCAGUGAUUGAGACACUACAGGAAAAGGAAGCUUGUCUAAGGAUGGUUGACUUCCUUACAGGAGCAGAGAACAGUCUGCUAUUACUCAUCUGAAAACCUGAAAGUAAAAUUGCUAGAAGUGCACUGUGAUUUUUUUUUUUAAUUUUUUUUAUUUUUUUAGCUUUGAUAUACAACAAGGAAACAAUAGCAGUAGACCACUGAGGGGAGAGAAAGAGGCAUUUCUUCUGUAGAGCCUUGAAUCUGAGGUCUGUAUUACUUAUUUGUUGACUCUAGUCCAUUAGGAGCAGCCAAAAAUUUACUGCUGUUAGUGCUACUUUGCAAGCAGCAAAGCAGUGUCCAGCAACCUUUGCUUUAAACUCUGGUGCUUGAAACUUUACAAUGCCUCAUCAACCAACUUACUCUGUUAAGGUUAUGUGUAAUAAUCUGAUGUAUGAAAAAUUGGAGAAGGAUGCUUUCUAUUUGUAACUUUUUAUUCAUAAAACAUUGCAUUGAAAAUUGCAUCUAGGGAGUACGUUUCCCUUUGCCACUUUUUGACGCAGAAAGCUCCUAAUGCUGCGAAGUAAUUUCAGCAGUUGGUGAAAGUCAUCAUGGUGUCAAAGAUAUCUGUGGAGUUCAUGCACUGAAACUAGCUGCUGACAAGAGCCAGUGUCAUGGAGCAGGAUUCCAGUGUCUGCAAAUCUUGCCAAGUUGCCUGAAGACAAAUGAAUAUUUUGUUUCUUUUUGAACUACUGUUUGUAUGUAAAAUAGAAUAUAAUUGAAGUGUUGUCUUUCCAUGGUUUGUUCUGAUUGGCUUUGGCCAUUUUAACACCAGCUUUGUAUCAAUGCUCCAGUUAUUUGGAACUGAAUUCAAGAGAUCAAGUUCAACCUAUUUGAGGAUCUUUAAAUUAAUGGAUUGAUUUGCUUUCACUGUGGAUAAACUUCUCUGUGCUUAUUCAGUAUCACUCUUAAAACCCUGGGGCUCUAGGCUGGUUUACCCCUGGACAUUUUGAAGUGCACCCCUAUUGGUGGUAUACAUGGCUAGUGUAAUUUAAGACUUGGAAUGGGAAUACUUUCUUACCACUUUCUACUUAGCUAUAUUUAGCACCUUCUCUGUGGACCUGCAGCGACUUCAUGGCUAAACAUAUAGGUUAUGGUUUAAAAAGUCUUGUCAUCAAAAGCGGUUAGGUGUGAGCCUGCCUCUAAAGCCUUGAAGGAGAAGCAAUUCAAUGAUCUCACAAAGAGAGAGGCUUUAUAAAUUGUUGAUGUUGAGAUUUCAGUGGUUGCAUUUGGAACAACUCCACAAACACUACAAUGGAAACAAGGUUUUUAAUGAAGAUGUCAAAUAUGAGAUCAGACUCAAAUAACUAGACUGAGAGAAGGAAACUUUUCAGUCUGAUCACUUUUAUUUCUUGGAAAGGGGCACAAUUUAUUUCUGUGAAGCAAUGUAUUUAUUUGCCAGUAUGUUUGACAGUGCAGCUGCCCUUUUGUUUCUAUUAAUAUACCUGCAUUUGGACACAGUUUCCCUGUACGUGAAGAGGAGGAUGAAUAUAAGCACUGAAAAAACUGCAGUGACAAAAGGAGCUUCGGUUGCCUCCUGAAAACCUGAAUAUUUCUUCCCGAGGGGUCCUUAGUUUGGUGACCCUCAUACAGUGCCAUGUGGAUAGACUUGUACCUCCAGUCCAUUGAGGCUGAUGUGGCAAUUGGCUUAUAUGUAGAAUUGCCUUGGUUUUUUUUGUCUUCCCAUUCCAUCCUUUCCUCUUCGUUCUUCCUACUGCCUGUGGGUUAUCAGGCAGCUUGAACGUUGUUUAGCCACUGGAAGGGGAGGUUCUGUCUCUUCUUCUGAGGUGGUUUUUCUGAGUGACUUUCAGUAUAUUUUUUUCCUCAAGCCUUAAAUUUGAUUAAAUAAAAUUUAAUGUUUUGUA